AUGAACCCUGCUGUGAUUUUUCUCCUGAGCACGACCUGCUUCAGCUGCUCUUCGGCUCUGUACGUCCACAACAGAGCAGGAUCCGGGAGGCUGAAGUAUCUCCUGGAGCCGCCGGUGUACGCCGAGGUGUCCGGCCGGAGGGGCGACAACGUCACCCUGCCCUGCAUCCUGAGAAGCAAACCCAGCCACUACAAAGUCAAGUGGACCAAGCUGGAACCGGAGCGCGUCGGGCCGGAGAACGUCAUCAUGAUGUCCAACUCCCACGCCUCCAAGGCGUACGGCGAGCUGGGGCGGCGCGCCGCGCUCCGGAAGGCCCACGCCAUGGACGCCUCGCUGUGGCUGGGCCGGCUGCGGCUGGACGACGCCGGCACGUACCGCUGCCAGCUGGUCAACGGCAUCGAGGACGAGAGCGUGGACAUCACGCUGAGCAUCGAGGGCGUCGUCUUCCCGUAUCAGAGCAAAGCUGGUCGCUACAAAUUCACUUUCCAUGAGGCGGAGGCGGCGUGUUCGGCCCAGGACGGAACGCUAGCGUCGUACAGCCAGCUCUUCAGAGCCUGGACCGAGGGUCUGGACUGGUGCAACGCCGGCUGGCUGCUGGACGGAACCGUCCACUACCCCAUCCUGCAGCCUCGGCCCGUCUGCGGAGGAGACCUGCUGCCCGGCAUCCGCAGCUACGGUCCCAAGGACAAGGACCGCGAUCGCUUCGACGCCUUCUGCUUCACGUCUCAGACGUCCGGUUCCGUCUUCUACGUGUCGGGGGCGUUCUCCCUGGAGCAGGCGGUCCAGGCCUGCAGGCACCGGGGGGCCGAGCUGGCCUUGGUGGGCCAGCUGUACGCCGCCUGGUACUUCCAGAAGUACGACCAGUGUGACGGCGGCUGGCUGAGGGACGGCAGCGUGCGCUUCCCCAUCAGCAGCCCGAGAGAGCGCUGCGGCGGGAUCCCCGAGGCCGGCGUGCGCUCCUUUGGAUUCCCCGACAGGACCCAGCACCUGUACGGGGCGUACUGCUACAGGUAGC